AGUGUUUUACCUUUGACUGAGGGCAUCGCUUCCAAAGCAAGCAACAAAAGCUAAAUUAGAGAUAAUCAAAAGGAGAAGAAAAACACUUUCACUUUCUCUCUCUCUCUCUGUCUCUCGCUCCUUUUCCCCUUCUCCAAGAACUGAUGAGUGAUGAUUCCGAUCAUCUUUUCUGUGUGCAGAAGAAUUGAUUCGAGGCGAUAAUGUCGACUAGACAGAGGUCAAAACCGAGAAAAUUGCCGCCAAGUAAUUCGAAGCCUGCUAAUUCUCCUUCAUCUUCAACUACAUCUUCUUCGAAACAUUUCCUAGAGACAUCCAUUGAUGGCCAGAGCUCGCCUGCUUCUUCAUCGGCUAGGAGUAAGCCACAACACUUCUACGCGGAAAAUUCACUGUUGGAGGCGGAGAGAUCCAAAGAAAAUGUUACAGUGACAGUUCGUUUUCGUCCACUCAGUCCGAGGGAAAUUCGACAAGGCGAGGAGAUUGCAUGGUAUGCAGAUGGCGAAACCAUUGUUCGAAACGAGCAUAAUCCAUCAAUAGCUUAUGCGUACGAUCGAGUGUUUGGCCCUACAACAACAACACGCCAUGUCUAUGAUGUUGCUGCUCAGCAUGUUGUUAAUGGUGCUAUGGAAGGCGUCAAUGGCACCAUUUUUGCUUAUGGAGUUACAAGCAGUGGGAAGACUCAUACAAUGCAUGUAAGAUCUAAAAAAUAUGCUUUGUUGAUGCAACUGCUACGUAACUUACACAUUCUACAACAUGACACCUGUUUUGCUAUCAUCUGGCUUANNNNUCUUCUACGAGUUUCAUACUUGGAGAUUUACAAUGAGGUUGUCAAUGACUUGUUGAACCCAGCUGGACAGAACUUACGGAUUAGAGAGGAUUCUCAGGGAACCUUUGUUGAAGGAAUAAAAGAAGAAGUUGUCUUAUCUCCUGCUCAUGCGCUCUCUCUUAUAGCUGCUGGAGAAGAGCACAGACAUGUUGGGUCAACGAACUUCAAUUUGCUCAGUAGCCGGAGCCACACAAUUUUUACUCUGACGAUAGAAAGCAGUCCAUGUGGUGAAAACAUUGCAGGAGAAGCAGUACAUCUCUCCCAGCUGAACCUCAUCGAUCUGGCAGGUUCUGAGAGCUCAAAGGCAGAAACUACUGGUAUGAGAAGGAAAGAAGGAUCCUACAUUAAUAAAAGCUUGCUGACACUUGGAACUGUUAUAUCAAAGUUAACAGAUGGGAGGGCAACUCAUAUACCUUAUAGGGAUUCAAAAUUGACAAGGCUCCUUCAAUCUUCUCUGAGUGGUCAUGGGCGUGUAUCUCUCAUUUGCACUGUCACUCCUUCAACAAGUAAUUCAGAAGAAACACAUAAUACAUUGAAGUUUGCCCACCGCGCAAAGCACAUUGAGAUCCAAGCAGCACAGAACAGGGUUCAUUGCUUUAAACGAGACAGUGGAUUAGCAAGCAAUAGUGAUAAAUCAAGUGGAAUUAAGUCAAAUAGUACACCUUCAACCCCUCAAGCGGGACAUACUAACUUUCAGACAGAAUCGAGAGUUUCCCCUUCUUUGCUGACAGAAAGUUCUCCAUCAGCAGAUCGAUUGUCAGAGUCUAGACAAGACAGAGAAGUCCCUGAGGGAAAUUUCACUGGAGAAGAGACACCAUUGACUAGUUUAAAAACAAUUGAUCAGAUUGAUCUUCUGAGGGAACAGCAAAAGAUUUUGUCUGGAGAGGUUGCUUUUCAUUCUAGUGCUUUGAAGCGGUUGUCUGAGGAGGCUACGAGAAAUCCCCAGAAUGAAAAGAUACAAUUGGAGAUUAGAAAGCUCAGUGAUGAAAUCAAAGGAAAAAGUGAACAAAUUGCUUUGCUAGAAAAGCAAAUUGCUGAUUCUAUUAUGACCUGCCACAACAAGAUGGAUAAAUCAGAAGUCUCACAAACUAUUGCCGAACUGGUGGCACAAUUAAAUGAGAAGUCCUUUGAACUUGAGGUUAAAGCAGCCGAUAAUCGUAUAAUUCAAGAACAGCUCAACCAAAAGACCUCUGAAUGUGAAGGAUUGUGCGAAACAAUUGCAUCCUUGAAGCAACAGCUCUCUGAUGCUCUAGAAUUAAGAACUCUCAGCCCUGUUUCCAGUUAUUCACAACAGUUUACUGAAACAAACAAUCACCUUGGAGAAUAUCAAAUCGAGAGAGAGUCUGCAAUGUUAAAAGAUAGAAAUGUCGAUCUGAUCAUGCAAGCACAGGAAACUGAGAUUGAAGAGCUGAAGCAGAAGGUUGUUGAACUAACUGAGUCAAAGGAGCAGCUAGAAGUCCGAAACCAGAAACUUGCAGAAGAGAGUUCAUAUGCCAAAGGGCUGGCCUCAGCUGCUGCUGUUGAACUUAAGGCACUAUCAGAAGAAGUUGCAAAGCUCAUGAAUCAUAAUGAUAGACUAACUGCAGAACUGGCGGCUGCUGCAAAGAAUCCUUCCCCCAACCCCCGUAGAACAAGUGCAGUGCGGAAUGGCAGGAGGGAUGUUAAUGUUAAGCGAAAUGACCAAGCCGGGUCACCUUCAGAUCUCAAGAGAGAAUUAGCUUUGAGUAAGGAGAGAGAGCUUUCGUACGAAGCGGCUCUCUUAGAAAAGGAUGAAAGAGAGGCUGAUCUUCAGAAGAAAGUAGAGGAGUCCAAACAGAGGGAGUCCUAUCUAGAGAAUGAACUUGCUAACAUGUGGGUUCUGGUGGCAAAGUUAAAAAAAUCACAUGGAGUUGAUGCUGAUGUUUCCGAGUCAAUCAAAGAGAAUCCCCAGCUAGACGGUUCAGGGAUUGAAAAGUUUCGAGUUUGAUGGUGUUUAGUUUUGGAUUUGUCGAUCAGCAAUGACAAAAUGGAUACCCAGAAGCUUUUCCCUGAAAGGUGGUAGUGCAUAGAGAAAUGAUAUUUGCUUGUGUAUUCUAAUCCCAUUUUUUCUUUCAUCAAUUCUUUUAGUACCCCGAGCGUAACCUAGGCCUUUUUUGGCUCUUAUCGUUUUGCAUAUUCUCUCAUUUCCUUGUUCAUAAUUGUAGAGGAAUCGUAGGAAGGCAAUUUAGCUAAUUUGAUAUGAUCCUGAAAAUAAGAUGGAACUUGCACUAGUUAAAACAGUGUGUAGUUAGUUGAUGAUAAGGCUGUUGUGUAUUUAAAUUGGGGAGCCCUCUUGUAUCCAAUUGUGUGGUUUCUUUCUUGUGUAUUUAAACUGUUUGAGUGCCGCUCGGUAAGUUUGACUUUGUAACUUAAACUGCCAUCUCAUGACGGCCAAUAAUGCUCGUAGAACUGUAGGGUUUUAUGGA